CCUUGGAGCAGGUCAAGAUGCAGCUGGAGCGCUUCGAGCAGGUCAGCGGCGUGGAGAUCGCCGACUGCUCCAAGCUGCGGGUCCGCAAGUACAACCGGACCGUGUUCGCCCUGGACGGAACGAUUCACAUACACGUGGAUCUGGACAGCUCGUACGAGGUGACGGUCAAGGUGGCGUACAGCACACUCGGGAACAACCAGUUCAACGAGUACCCGAUGAAGGUACCGCGGAAGAGCAUCUGCAAGCUGUUGGUCGAGGAGUACGCCGACUACCAGUACAUCUUUGGCGACAGUACCAACCUGCCGAACGUCGCAAAGGGCACCAAGGAGUUCUGUCCGUUUCCGAAGGGCGAGUACUUCUUCAAGGAUACGGUUGUAAACGGGUCGUUCAUACCUUCCGUGGUUCCGGCGGGGCUGUGGCGUAUGUCGUUGUUGUUUUUGCACCCAAGUGACGUGGAGGUUAUGGUGCUGCGCAUCUACUAUCGGGUCAUCAAGGGAAUGGGCAUGUGAGAUCCGGUUUAAACUAUGUGACAAAUAAAAUGUGCUGGAGAAUUUCCCUUAUCCUCUAAAAAAAAGUGCUUUA